AUGGAGGUGAGCUGGUCUACCCUCUUGUCUGGCCUGACCACCAUCAACGUGCGUGUAGACUGCAGUGCGCUUGUUCUGCUGCCUAAGUAUUUGCCGCUUACCACCAGCGUUGCUGUCAAGGAUUGUCAAUGUGCGGUGGUUCUCAAGGACAUCAGUAUCAACCUGCUCGAUAUCCAUGCGAGCCUGACAGCCAGCCUAGGGAACAACAUCCUACUGGCGUUACAAGUCAAGACGCCUACAAUACUUUCAGCUUGUAUUUCCUUCGGGCAUUCAAAGAUGCUGAGUGAGAUUAACUCUGUUCUCCCAUUUGAGAAGGGAAAGCUCCUGUAUGUGGCUCAAACUCCAAAAGUAAAUGACCAGUUCAUUGAAAUUCCUGUACUGACGGAAUUCCUGGCUGACAAUGGGAAGAAGAUCCCCAUUCCGCCCCUCUCAGAGGACUUUGUGAUAUUGCCACAAAUGAAUCAUACUUCUGAGGCCAUAGGAGAGAAUGUCAUCACUUCUAUCCUCUCCUACAUAGUCUUCAAUAAACCCCAUUCCUUCUCUUGUACCCCUCAAACGUUUCUUGACACUCUCUCACUGGAGCUGAUCCUCUCUGAACUGAUUGUUUCCAAGUGCCCAACCUGCACUCCAAUCUCUUCUUCACUGUUCAUCGUUACCAAAGUGGUCACACCUCUGACAGUCGGUCUGGAUGUGAACCUGUGCGCCAUGAAUCUCACUCUCAGCCUGCAGAUAAUGGAUAAAAAGGGAAACCGGAAACCUGUGCUCCUCAUUGCUUUGAAAGCAGAACUCGGUUUGGCUGCCACCCUCCAGCUGGUUGAAGGAAAGGUGCAAUUCACUGCAUCCCUGGACAGAUUGCAUUUCAAGCUGCUUUCCUCAGUCGUGGGCCCUGUCAUUGUAAGUCCUCGCUUUUAUUAA